AUGGCACUCUCUUAUGGGGUCAAUAAUGAAUACCAAAAAUCUGUGGUUGAAGAGGAAGAUGGCUCACAGAACACUAAUGGGCUCAGCAAUGAUUCAGCUUCAGCCAUAACCCGUUCUCCUCCUCUGUGUGGCAAUGGCAAUGGGUAUGUUUAUAAGGGCACAAAUUGCCAACUUGAAGAAGCUGAAUCUCUGAUUAAUUUCAAAGCCAAUGAGUGCAACAACCUCAUGCAAGGUAGUGAAUCUUUGCUUAGCUUUAACCAAAGUUGGCUGGUCUCCAAAGCGAGUAAUUUGCAUGAAGGUUAUAACCAAUGGAACCAUGUUAGUCCUAGAAGCACCACAGACAUGCGCCUAAUGCAUAAUUUUAGUUGCUUUGAAACUGCCAGUGGCUAUAGCUCCAUAUUCCAUAGUGCAAGAGAGAAACAACAUGCUGAAAGUUCAUCUGGGUGGCUAUUUUCUGAACCAAAUGUCCCUAGUGAUAGCCUACAUGAGUCAGUAGCACAAGAAUUGGUCUUGAGGAAGCGCUCUUCUAUGGGAGAGAACAUGCAAGCUGCCAAUGCGAAGAAGCCAUGCACUGUUGCAAGUAAAGCUGCAAAACCUAAGUCAAACCCAUCUAAGGAUCCUCAAAGUGUUGCUGCCAAGAAUAGAAGAGAGAGAAUAAGUGAGCGGCUUAAGAUACUACAAGAACUGGUACCCAACGGCUCCAAGGUUGAUUUGGUUACCAUGUUGGAGAAAGCAAUUAGUUAUGUGAAGUUUCUGCAGUUGCAAGUGAAGGUGUUGGCAGCUGAUGAAUUUUGGCCUGUCCAAGGUGGAAAAGCUCCUGACAUUUCUCAAGUAAGACAAGCCAUUGAUGUCAUUCUUUCAUCGCAAAGAUGA